CAUAUGUUGGUGGUUAAGUCAACGAAAUUUUAAAAUGGUAAAAACAUAUUUAAAUUUAAAGGCAAAAUGUAGGUCCUGUUUAAGCGAAGAUCAGGAAAUGCACCAUUUAUUCAGCGAGUUCGAUCAAGGCCUCAGUUUAUCGGAUAUACUAAGAAGCACUACUUAUUUAGAAAUUGAAGAUAAUAGUGAAUUAUCUCCAUAUUUGUGCGAAAGCUGUACAACAAUUGUGGUCGACUUUUUUAAUUUCAAAACCAUUUUCAUAGAAAAUAAUAGUAACAUCAAACUUUUCUUCACGGAGAAAAAUGUAGAUGAUAAUGAAGGCUGUAAAGAAAUAAAUAAAUUUUCAGUAGAAUAUGCCAUUAAAUCUGGUGAUUGUACAGAAGAUACUACCAAGAACGCAAUACUAGAAAAUACUCAGAUAAUUCAAAUUAGUUCUACUGAAACAGAUGAACUAGAUAUUACAAGAACAUUUAUUGAACCUAGAGCUGUUAUAAAGAAAGAAGUGUCGGAAGACAAUAGUCAACCUAAAAAUUCAGAAAUUUUGAAUGUGAGAUACUACUGCAAUGAAUGUGGUGACCGAUUUUUAUUAAAAUCGGGUUUGCAACAACACUUGACCAAAAGGCAUAACUUAUCUGUUUGUGAUAUUGAGAGUUACAUAUCAAAAGCAACAAUUGAAGUGUCCGAACAAAUUAAAGACGAAGACAUCAUUCUUCAGUGUGAUACAUGCAACGAAAACUUCAAAACGUGUGCCGAAAUCGAAGAACAUUACAAGUCUCAUAAAAAAUAUGUAUGUGAACACUGUGGCGCAGGUUUCUUAAAAAAAUCUUACUUGAACGAUCAUGCUGAGGUACACGCCACAGAAAAGCGACACGUAUGUCCAAUUUGCGGAAAGGCUUUUAAAAGAAGAACGGUUUUAGUUAAACACAAGAAAAUACACACACACCCAAAGCAAUGUGUUUGUGAAAUAUGUGGAUUACGUUUUACAGACAAGGGUACUUUAAAGACUCACAUAAAACUGAAGCACACCAAAGAAAGAAAUUUUAAUUGUACAAUUUGCGGACUGUGGUUUCCCUUGAAAUCCACUUUAAUGAAACACAUUUACAGACACAACGAUGACAGGAAACGGGAACACGUUUGUACGGUGUGCCACAUGGCUUAUAAGGACAAGUCAAGUUUGAACAGGCAUGUCGUCAUCAAACAUACGGAAAAUACUACAAAACCGUCUUGUACAUUUUGCGGGAAACAGUACACGACCAAUACAAAUCUUCUGAAGCACAUUCGAAAGCACCACAAAUCCUUAAAAGAACUAGAAUAUAUAGAAUAAAAAAUAUUUUAUAAGA